UAAAUAAUCUGUGAAGUAGUCCUAUUUAUUUUUGGUAAUCUUCAUAAAGUUACUCUUUAAACAAAUUGUUUUAGGUAGUAUUGUUAAUUGGUCAGGUCUCGGUCCCACUGGUUCUUCAAUCGAACGGCAACCAAAGAAAGUUCUGAGUGCAACAACAACAAAACAGCGGAGAGCAGGAGUAGAAUGGCCACUAGCGGUAUUGUCGAGUCAUUUCCCACGGGCGCACUGGUCCCAAAAGCGGAGACCGGUGUCCUCAACUUCCUGCAAAAGUACCCAGAGUACGAUGGACGCGACGUCACAAUUGCCAUUUUUGAUUCCGGUGUGGAUCCUCGAGCUACCGGACUGGAGACGCUUUGUGAUGGAAAGACCGUAAAGGUGAUCGAGCGUUACGACUGCUCCGGUUGCGGAGACGUGGACAUGAAGAAGAAGGUGACGCCGGAUGAGAAGGGCUGCCUGAAGGGCCUGUCUGGCAACACGCUCAAGUUGAGCCCGGAGCUCCUGGCGUUGAACACCGAUCCUGAAAAAUCGGUGCGGGUGGGUCUGAAAAGCUUCAGUGACCUGGUGCCGUCAAAGGUCCGCAACAAUAUCGUGGCUCAGGCCAAGCUGAAGAGCUGGGAUAAGCCCCAUAAAACGGCCACGGCCAAUGCCAGCCGUAAGAUUGCCGAUUUUGAGUCACAAAACCCAGGAGAAGCCUCCAAACUACCCUGGGAUAAGAAAAUACUUAAGGAUAACUUGGAUUAUGAGCUGGAGAUGCUCAACAGCUACGAGAAGGUGUACAAUGAUAUUAAGACCUCCUAUGACUGCGUCCUCUUCGCCACGGCCGGGGGCUGGUUGGCCAUCAUCGACACCACAGAACAGGGGGAUCUAGAGCAGGCUCUCCGCAUCGGCGAGUACUCUGUAACACACGAAACCCGUAACGUGGAUGACUUCCUGUCGAUUUCCGUAAAUGUGCACGAUGAGGGAAACGUUCUGGAAAUCGUUGGUAUGUGCUCUCCCCACGGCACCCACGUCUCCUCCAUAGCCAGCGGUAAUCACAGCUCCAAAGACGUGGACGGGGUGGCGCCCAAUGCCAAGAUCGUGUCGAUGACCAUUGGCGACGGUCGGCUGGGAUCGAUGGAAACUGGAACCGCAUUGGUCAGGGCCAUGACCAAAGUAAUGGAGCUGUGCCGCGACGGACGCCGCAUUGAUGUGAUUAACAUGAGCUAUGGCGAGCACGCCAACUGGUCCAAUUCCGGCCGCAUUGGGGAGCUGAUGAACGAGGUGGUGAACAAGUACGGUGUGGUGUGGGUGGCCUCGGCCGGCAACCAUGGACCGGCUCUGUCUACGGUUGGAACGCCGCCGGACAUCAGCCAACCCAGCCUGAUUGGCGUGGGCGCCUAUGUCUCCCCCCAAAUGAUGGAAGCAGAGUAUGCGAUGCGGGAGAAGCUCCCCGGCAACGUAUACACCUGGACGUCGCGCGAUCCCUGCAUCGAUGGCGGUCAAGGUGUGACAGUAUGUGCUCCGGGCGGAGCCAUCGCCUCAGUGCCGCAGUUCACCAUGAGCAAGUCGCAGCUGAUGAACGGCACUAGCAUGGCCGCACCUCACGUGGCCGGUGCUGUAGCACUGCUCAUCUCGGGACUGAAACAGCAGAACAUUGAGUAUUCGCCGUACAGUAUUAAGCGUGCGAUCAGCGUCACUGCCACUAAACUGGGCUAUGUGGAUCCCUUUGCCCAAGGUCAUGGUCUUCUCAACGUGGAGAAGGCUUUUGAACAUUUAACGGAACACAAGGAGUCCAAAGACAACAUGCUGAGAUUCUCAGUUCGUGUUGGCAACAACCAAGCCAAGGGUAUCCAUUUGCGUCAAGGUGUCCAGAGGAACUUCAUUGACUAUAAUAUAAACAUUGAGCCAAUUUUCUUCAACGACAAGGAGGCGGAUCCCAAGGACAAGUUCAACUUUAAUGUGCGUCUGAACCUUAUACCCUCGGCCCCGUGGGUGCAGUGUGGAGCCUUCUUGGAUCUUAGUUACGGCUCACGCGCCAUUGUGGUGCGCGUCGACCCCACUGGCCUCCAACCGGGAGUACACAGCGCUGUGGUUCGUGCCUAUGAUACCGAUUGUGUGCAGAAGGGUGCUCUCUUUGAAAUUCCUGUGACCGUGGUGCAGCCUCAUGUUUUGGAAUCCGAUCAGAAUACUCCUGUUUUUGAACCGGCCUCCACCAAAGGCGACAAAAGUGUAGAGUUCCAGCCCAACACCAUCCAGCGAGACUUUAUACUUGUUCCGGAAAAGGCCACUUGGGCGGAGCUGCGCAUGCGCAUCACCGAUCCCAAUCGUGGCAAAGAUGUUGGAAAGUUUUUCGUCCACACAAACCAACUGCUGCCCAAGCAGUCCUGCCGCAAGCUGGAGACCAUGAAAAUUGUGGCAGUGGGCUCUGAGCAAGAAUCCACCAUGGCUUUUAAAGUUAAGUCUGGCAAGAUUCUGGAGCUUUGUAUCGCCAAGUAUUGGUCCAACUAUGGCCAAAGCCAUCUGAAGUAUAGCCUGAUAUUCCGUGGAGUCCAGGCACAGAAUCCCAAUGCCUACGUUAUGCAUGCUGGCCGUGGCAUCCAUAAGCUGGAAGUUGAGGCUUUGGUUUCGGAGGACGUGCAACCGCAGUUGCAGCUCAAGAAUGCCGCCGUUGUGCUGAGGCCAACGGAAGCAAAGAUCUCGCCUCUGAGCGCCACGCGUGAUGUUAUUCCGGACGGGCGUCAGGUGUACCAGAACUUGUUGGUCUAUAACCUGUCUGUGUCCAAACCUGCUGAGGUGGCUCUGUAUGCCCCCAUCUUUAAUGACCUUCUGUACGAGUCGGAGUUUGAGUCCCAGAUGUGGAUGCUCUUUGACGCCAACAAGUCUUUGGUGGCCACUGGCGAUGCUCAUUCGCAAACCUUCUACACAAAACUAGAAAAAGGAGACUACACCAUUCGCCUCCAGGUGCGCCACGAGAAGCGCGAGCUUCUGGAGAAGAUUGCAGAAGCCAACCUGGUAGCUGCUUUCAAAAUGGCGAACGUGUUGUCCCUUGACUUUUAUGAGAACUACAACCAGUGCGUUGUGGGCGGUCGCAAGUUCGUUUCGGCUCCACUGCGUGGCUCCACCCGUGUGCUGUACAUCGCCCCCAUUGCCCAGGAGCGUCUGGCAAAAUCCAAUCUGCCACCACAGUGCGCCUGGCUGACUGGAAACUUGGUCUUCCCGCAGGACGAGUCUGGACGUCGUGUAGCGCUCCAUCCUUUCACCUAUAUUCUCAAUCCCGCGGAGAAAAAGACGAACUCGAAUGGCUCCGCCAAUGGAUCCAGCAAUGCAGCAGGCACUGCAGCAGCCGCCACCGCAGCUUCUGCCACUGCUGCCAAACCCAAGGCUCCGGCAACUCCACCGGCAGCCACAUCGGCGGGUAAUCCAGCCGCCGGCGACGGAAUCAAUGUCCAGAGUGAUGCGCCCGUGGAGAACGGAGGAUGUACAGGUUCUCCCAAGAAGGGCAAGUCAAACGCCGAUGAUUAUGCCGAAAGCUUGCGCGAUUUCCAGUGUUCGUACAUCAACAAGUGCGAGCUCGAAAUGGCGGAAAAGAUAUACAACGAGGUGGUGGCCGCUCAUCCCAAGCACCUGCAAGCGCACCUGCUGCUCAUCCAGAAUAUCGAAUCUUCGCAGUUGAAAGUUCAACUGCCGUUGACCUUUGUCAACGCCCAGAAAUCCAUUUCCCAGGAGUCGGGUGAGGGUGCCGAGAAGCAAAAGGAGGAACAGAAGAAGGUUUACAACGCCCUGGAGCGCAUUAUCAAGUUGGCCGACAAGGUGAUCGAAGAAACAGAUGCCGGAGCCCUGCUUGCGUACUACGGCUUGAAGAACGAUACCCGACCCGAUGCAGCAAAGAUUAAGACAAACAUGGACAAGCAGAAGAACAAUCUCAUCGAGGCUCUGACCAAGAAGGGCAUCGCCAUAGCCAAGCGGGCCGUUCUGGAUGACGCCGUCAAGGAGCGUCUGUCCGACAUCAAUGAUAUCUAUACCGAGGUCAUUAAGUUCGUGGAGGCCAACGACUCGAAGGCCAUUCAGUUCGCACUGUGGCACGCCUACGCCCACGGGCACUACGGCCGUAUGUACAAGUAUGUUGUGAAGCUCUUCGACGAGAAGCGUUCACGAGAGCAUUUCGAGGAGUUGGCGGCCAUCAACGGCGCCCUGGGUCACGAGCACAUCCGCGCAAUCAUUAACCGCAUGAUGGUCACCGCCUUUCCCAAUAGCUUCCGUUUGUUUUAAACGCGAACCGUUCAAGCGUACAUUAGCCACAAUAAUUAUUCACGAUUUCAUGCGACGAUUGUUUUUUAUAUCUAAAGUAAUCCAAUAUGUAUAUGAAUAAAAGCUAUUAACUAAAACAUAA